UGUUACAUGUGAAAAACAACCCUGAGAGUUUCGACGAGCUACAGGCGCUGAAGUAGUUCGGGAGUUUAUCAGGAGACGAGCAUCCGAAGUAAACUUAAACCGCGGAUAAGAUGAGCAGCGCGUGCCUCCCUCUGCACGGUUAGUCUUACGAACGUGUAUGAAAGCAGAGAUGAAGUCGGCAGCACGGAUACUAGUCUUCUCUCCUCUCGUAGUGCUGCUGCUGUGCGGACUCCUCGGGGCGGAGCAGCAGCUGCUGCCCGGGUCCUGCAACUUUGAGCUGGGCACCUGCGGCUACACAUCAGACCCGGAGUAUGGCAGCUGGAACAUGAACGAAGAAGGGCAUGUGAUAACAGUGGACUCAGCCAUCUUAAAGGACCAGCAGCAGGCGGUUCUUGUCAGUCCGGUUCUGGACCAUCAGGACUGGAGCUGUGUGAGGCUGGUGUACCAGCUCACUGGGCGGGGUUCCCUGCAGCUCCACCUCAGACCAGAUGGUGAUAACUUUGACUACCGAAUGUGGACUGCCAACAAAGCCUCUGACAGCUGGCUCAUUGCUAGUGUGGACCUACCAAACACCACGAACCCCUACCAGGUCUUGCUGGAAGGUCGACCUGAGCGUGGCUCAGGGAACAGCGUGGCCAUCUUUGAAAUUCACAUUGUUCCUGGUUACUGUAUAGAGUGUAAUUUUGAGGAGCAUCACCUGUGUGGCUACAGCAACAGCUGGAACCCAAAUGUCAACUGGUACGUUGGGGGGAGUGUAGCCAGAGAGCCGGAGUCUAACCUGCUAGUAAACCACUCCAACUAUAACCAGAGAGGACACUACAUGUAUGUGGACUCUGUGUACGCCAAGCACUUCCAGGAAGUAGCCAAGCUGACCUCACCCAUGACCACGGUGCCUCUAGCCGGCUGCCUGUCCUUCAACUACCACAGAGACCAGGAGAGGGGAAACAUCUUUUCAGUAUUCACCAGAGACCAGCUGGGCCACUAUGAGGAGAUGUGGAGGCCAGAGGUGUUCACUACCGCUGGCUGGACUAUGGUCAGCGUGGAUAUCAAGGCCCCACACCCCCUGGAGGUGGUGUUUGAGGUGGCUUUUAACAGUGCCAGAGGUGGAUACGUGGCCAUAGAUGACAUCUCCUUUUCUCCUGAAUUCUGCCACACUGACACAGAGCCGACCUUUGACCCCUCUAUAGCCAACUGUGACUUUGAGAAUGGGCUGUGUCUGUACUAUCAGGAGAGAACAGAGAGUAAGGUGUGGAGCAGAGUUUCAGUGAAGCCGAAUGCCUACAGGAUAGGAGACCAUACCACAGGAGCAGGCUGUUUCCUCCUGGCAAACACUCGUUUCACUUCGAGGCCCGGCUAUGUGGGUCGGCUUCAUGGUCCCUUUUUACCAGGGAAUCACAAGUACUGCCUGAGGUUCUACUACCUGCUUCAUGGAUUUAGGAAAGUAGACAAUGCUCUGGUUCUUUACAUCUAUGACGAGAACAAUGUGGCCCAGGAGAAGGUGUGGAGCCUGGCUGACACAUCCAGGACUGCAUGGACUGAGGUGGAGAUCACUUACAUGAAGCCUAUGCUUUCAAAGGUAGUGUUUGUCAGCAUAUGUAAGAACUUCUGGGAUUGUGGUCUGGCAGCCAUCGACGACAUCACUGUCAGCCUGGGGGACUGUCAAAUCACAGCAGGCUCCCUCCCAGGCCAGUGUAACUUUGAAAGUGGAGUCUGUGGCUACAUCCAGGAUAAGAAAGAUGACAAAGCCGACUGGCUGCGGGUCAGAGGACACACCCCCACUUCCUAUACAGGACCCAGAGGGGACCACACUACUGGGGUGGGUUACUUCAUGUACAUGGAGGCGUCACUCAUGCGUCCGGGUCACAAAGCUCGACUGAUGACCUCUGACCUGCGGGGCUCCUUCUCCCCUCAGUGUUUGAUCUUCUACUACCACAUGUAUGGAUCUGGCACCGGCAUACUGAGCUUGCUUCUGCGCCACGGCAGCAGAAAGCAGGACACGCUGCUGUGGAGACGCCGUGGUGAGCAGAGUGUCAGCUGGAUGAGGGCCAUGGUGGACUACCACUGUGAUGUCCCACACCAGAUUAUAUUUGAAGCCAUCCGAGGCCCAACACUCCGAAGUGAUAUCGCUAUUGAUGACAUCUAUUUUAAAAGAGGACCCUGUGAAGAUCCUGGUGACACCACUUCAUACUCAGGUUUCUCAGAGUAUUUCAAUGAGAUUGAGAACUGAGACCUGCGGGAAGUCGUUCUGUGUAAAUGCUUAGUAGUUUUUCAGAGGUGGGCUGGGUGACUUUCAGAAGUGUGAAUGUGAACAAUCCACCAAGACAAUUUACAAAGUUGUAGAUCAAUGCUGCAGCCAGGAGCUCCACCACGCUGUGCGGCUGUCACCUCACAGUCCAGUCCUUUCAAUGUUUGUGCUUUGAUUCUCAAUGUUUCCCUCAACACAGUGAGGAAUGAUUUCUCCUUGUGACAACAUUAUCCAAUUACAGUCCCACCUCGUACACAAGACACUCAAAUACACGACCACAGUGUUAAACCGGGUGACACGAUACACAAAAAGUCAUACAAAUAUUUGACCAUAUAUGCCAUAGGUCAGUGAAAAUAGCUAUUUCAGUUACAAAGCACUAAUGCCUCUAUAGAGAUAAACCAUGAGAUAUUUGGUCCUUUUAUUUGCGUAAUUAUCACAAAAAUAAAACUCAGCAACACUAAACGUUGAUGUUUCAUAGGCAGAGACAAAGUGACACCAUUAGCAAAGUAUCUGGCAAAUAUAACUGUAGUUUUUUAGCAAACAUUAAUCAAACAGGAGGAAAUGGUGCAUUUGUUGGGGACUAUUUUCAGUGGCGGAUCUGUAUUUGGUGCUCUAUGUGAGAACAUACAGUGCAGUGUGUGUUCAUGGUGAUGAAGGAACAUGUGUACAGUGGCUGACUGAUGGGAUUUUAACGACAACAGAGGAAGAAGAAAGAUCAGGCUGUGAUACACACACAAUACUUGUUAGUAGAUACUUUCACUUUGGUUUGGAUAUUUCAAGAUUCUUUGACAAAGAAAUACUAAUAACAUGGCCAUCCUUAUCCUAUAAGGCACACAUUAUUUCCACUCAGAAUGUAAAGAAAGAAUCCUCCGGUGAAUAGUUGAUUCCAUCCCAAAGAGGGGGAGGGAGAAGGGACUUUGUGCUCAGCCUAAUUGGGCUUUAAGACUCAGACAUGGGUAUCUGUAUGGACGGACUUGCACACGUUGCCUGGUGGUAAUAAACCUUUGACUGCUGCCAUGUGGUUCAUGUGGGAGAAAACAAAGCACACAUCCACCACACAACAACUUCUUGAACACAUUAAGAAUAAGCAAUAGACUUUUAAUAAUGCGUUAUUUGGGCUUCCACUAAUUGUUAAUUGUUAUUGUUUGUUUAUUCGCUCUGUAUAUAUUUGUGCUGAUAUUUCUCACAUAUCUCAUCUCAGAAUAUAACUACGCUUGUGGAAGUUAUUUUGUCAGCAGAUUUCACACAAAAACUUUUUAUGUUAAUUCCACUGUGACAAAGGAUUUGAGUCCAGCUUCAGUCUUCAGUCCAAAUUUUGGCACUUCUACUUUUUAUUUGUCAAUCCUGUGUCUUCUGUACAUCAGUAUGUUUUCAUGGACUCAGUAAGGUGCUGGAAACCUUCCCUCAAGGUUUGAUCCAUGCUGACUCCUUAGUGUCAUACAGUUCAUGCAGAGCUUCAGCUACACAAGCUCCACAUCUCUGCAGCCCUCUGAGACGUCUGCUGUUCUGUGUGUUGAGCCGUUAUGGUCCCUUCCUCUUCUUGUUAGCCUGGUAAUCAGAGUGACUGGGGAGAUGUGGGCAGUGACUCAGAGGUCUGGAACCAGGCUAUUUCCUGUUAGCUUCCCACUGCCCUCUAGACUGUUUCUUAUUAAUCUCACCACUAUAAUGCGUCAGCACUGGCAGCACCAUGUUAGGCACCAGUACAUAGAUCACACUUUUGCCCCCUAAAGAAUCAUUUUGGUUGCACAAGCCAUUAUUCCUAAAACAGCCAUGACAACAUUGUUCUCACCAAAGUAACUGCCGAGAUGUGGGAACACAAUGCCAUCGCUGUUAAUAUUUGUAUCUUUCACCUCCCGUUUCUCUUCCAAAUGAGUUUGGCUAGUUAGGCUAACCUGAGAUGUUCAUGAGUCACAGUAAAGGUGUAUGGUGCAAAAGAAGUGCACCAUACACCUUUGGGGGAACUGCAUCCCUUCAUUUCUGUAACUUUCUAAAACCCACGUCCACUUCCACUUCACACACUGACUAGCCUGGUGUGAACUUUACACAUUAUUUUAUCUUCUUCUUUCUUUUGUGGAUAUUCAAGGGUCCAGCAGAAUAAAUGCUGAUCCUGUUUUUGGUAACUACUUGAGCUACUACUACUACUACAUCAGGCCAAAAUAUCAAAAAUGCAACACAAUAAUAGGAAGUGUGUCCCACAAAUAAUGUAGAAUACAUUGAACAUGUAGGUUGGAUGUAUUAACCCUAACCUUUGACUGCUAAAGGCGCUGAUUUAACAGUUUUUAUAUAUUUCUUUCCAAACCAAACCAGGUUUUGCUUUUCUAUAUUUGGAUGAAAUCCAUCCAAGUAGCAUCUUAUGGACCACAUGAUGAAUUUGUUACUGCAGUUAGACAGGAUCGUGUCAUGAAGCUUUUUAUUUUCUGUUUUCUUACAUUCUUGUCUGUUGGUUACUUGCAGAAUAUUUACUGUAUGUAAAGAAAAAGGCAAACAACAUAAACAGAAUAUUUCCACAGGCUACUGCAGCAACACUGUUUGGUAUUCAAUAAAGAAUGAAUACAUGUGUCA